CUCUUUACUGCACGCACGUGUGCAUCUGCUGUCGCCAUAAACGCUUGAUUCGAGCGCAGACUAUAUUUAUACUAAGGAGGUCUCCAAUAUCUCGAUUGCCACUGUGCUCUCCGCUUUUUGACCUGGCACAAGUCGACGGACGAUGGCAGCGCGGUGGCAAGUAGUCGUCCAGGCGCUGGAAGCAGCCUUACAGCCAGCGGGCCUUGAUCUCGUCGCGCCAUUAAGCAUCGGCGUGUACAACGCGGCCGUGCCAGAGGCCUACAAGAUCCCAUUGCCCGAGACAGGGCUCCUCGUCAUGGUGGGCAACACGAAGCGGCUCUGGGAGCCGUUCCUUGCGUCUAUCAACCUUGAUUGCCUUCCGGAGCAUCCGCUCAACGAGUAUGCCAUGCGAGUUGUGACACAAGCCGUCUCGACCCUCGACGAUGUUCCGGACAAGGCGUAUUGGGUGCACGAGACUGAACCGGGAAAGAUGAUUGCGGCCCAACGCAUGAUCGUCGCGUCCGGCCUUGCGAAUUUGUCCGAGGAGCUCCACUUGACCGUGCACCCGACGUUCGGACCAUGGUACGCACAGCGCGCUGUUGUCGCCUUCGGAAGCGUGCUUGGGCCUACGCAACCUGUGUUUGCUGCCACACCCCUGGACAUUGCCCCCGAGGUGCGCGCCGCCAUGAAGGCGCAGCUCGACGAAGCGCUCUCGCUCUCGCAACUGCCGACGCCCAUGAACUGGACGCUGUGGCUGCGUCCGCGCAUAACGUUCGACCCGAAGCACGCGUUUAUGUACUCGUCGGUGCAAACCAUGUUUCACUACUCGAAAUCCGUCGACGACCGCCGACGGAUCUUGCGUGCCGCCAAGCUCGGCUGGCCCCUCGACAACAUUCUCGAUACGCCGUCCCCGUCCGUCCUCGCUUGCCGACACUUGCUCCAAGGCGUGCUUGCAGAAACGGCGGCGAAGGCUCCGCAGGCCAUUUUGCUCAGCGGCGGGCUGGACACCUCGAUUCUGGCACAAGCCACGCCUGCGUCCUUCGAGGAUGUGUGUGCAACAUCGCAACCCGGACCGCCAAUUCUCUCGAUGCUGCGCGGAGGUAUCACGGUGCGUGCCGCCCCGGAGGCGCAAGACGCAGUGUACGCGGCGCGCAUCUGCGAGAAUCUUGGACACGUGACGCACCACUGCUUGGAAGAGUCGAUCGAGAACCUGAUCUCGCACGCGAGAAGCGUCAGCUGCCUCCUCGUCUCGUUCGACCCAAUGGAACUUCGCAACUCGAUCGUAAUUUACCGCUCGCUGCUUGAAGCCAAAGCCCGCGGGUAUACUUGCGUCGUGACUGGCGACGGUGCUGACGAAGUCUUUGCAGGCUACUCGUUCUUCCAGGGCAUGGACGUCGAGAAACUCGCAACUUACCGCGUCUGGAUCGCUCGCAUUAUGCGCUUCUCGUCGAAAACGCUCGCAGCGUCAAUGGGCAUCGACAUCCUGAGCCCUUUCUUGGACCCGCGGGUUAUUGCCUUUGCUCUGGAGCGGCCGCGCGACGAGCUCAUUGGCGACAAGACGCCAGUGCCCGACGGCAACGUCCACGGGAAGCGGCUCUUGCGGCAGGCGUUCCCGGAAGCAACGUCGCAGUGGCGCGCGAAGGAACCCAUCGAGCAAGGAGCAGGGACGACCCAGCUCCGGAAGGGCUACUUUGACGCGUACCCGCCCGACAUGUCGUUUGACGAUGCGGCAGCCGCAUGCUACGCCCAGCACCACAUCGUCAUCCGCGACCGCGAGCACUUGUACUUUUUCCGGCAGUUUCUCGACGCGUUCGACGGCGACUUGCGCAACGUGCCGCUCUCCCGUGGUGACGCAGAUGGCUGCCCGGCCUGCAAGUUUGAGCUAGUCUCAAGCGACAAUGACUUUUGCACCACCUGUGGUUUUUGGCCCGCGCGCACGACAGAUGCGAACAAGGCGAUGGCUCAGCGCGCGCUCCUCGAUCUUGCGUCGCGUAUCCAAACGCUCCAAGCGCACCACUCCGUCGAUGCGUCGGCCUGAUGAUGUGCACGCAGAGGCACUGAAAUGCACGCUACUUUGACGUGUAUUCUUUGAAAAAUGUUCUGGGACAACAAAAUGCUAGCGAGUUGUUCACAUGGGGUCGUC